CAACUAUGAGUCUCUCCUGAUGACAACAAUUGAGACGUCACCUGAAUGCAAUCAACCUCAACUGCCUACUUCAUACAGCUGAACCAAGAGUAAUACCUGUGAUCUUUUUUCUAUACUUGAUGCCAUGUCAGCAAUGAGCAAAGUUCCUGGGCCUCAGAGGAUCCUGAAGGCGCUAACCAGCUCUCUGGGGCUGUCCGCCUUAUCAGAGCUCCAGACCUCACCCCACGGAUACUCGGCAUGCAAUAGAGCAGAUCUCAGCUGCCAGACCAAAUACGAUGGACAGAACCUUUGCUGCUUUAAUUAUCCUGGUGGACAGAUGCUCCUGACUCAAUUUUGGGAUGCCGACCCUGCCAUUGGACCGGAUGAUUCCUGGACGAUUCACGGGCUCUGGCCAGAUCACUGUGAUGGGGGGUUUGAUCAGUACUGUGAUUCGAAGAGACAAUACAGCAACAUAUCACUCAUACUAAUUGACGCUGGUCGAGGAGAUCUCCUUGACUACAUGGGGAAGUUUUGGAAGGAUUUCCGUGGUGACGACAAUUCGCUUUAUGAACACGAAUGGAAUAAGCAUGGAACUUGUAUCAGUACUUUGGAAACCAAGUGCUACUCCGAUUACUUGCCCCAGGAAGAAGUAGUGGAUUACUUCAACAAGACAGUCGAGAUAUUCGAAAAGCUGCCGUCUUACGAGUUUCUCGCCAAUGCCGGCAUCGUCCCAUCUAACAGCGAUACUUACGCUCUUGCUGACAUUGCGAACGCUUUGCAGAAGGGCCACGGUGCCGAGGUCACGGUCCGGUGUCGUUAUGGCGCGCUGAAUGAGAUAUGGUAUCAUUUUAACAUCGCCGGCCCUCUGCAAACCGGAGAUUUUGUACCUUCGGCGCCAGAUGGUAUGAAAUCAAACUGCCCGGCAACUGGCAUCCGCUACAAGCCCAAGCGGCCUAAGAAGGAACCUUCUCGAACGAGCCCCGGAUAUCCCAACCCAACAGGUACCGAGCCGCCCUCCACCAAUAAGGGCUAUCUGAAAGUGUCGACUAUGGGCCAGGCACGUGGCUGCAUAAUCAGCCGGGGCGAAUGGUUCGUGUCCGGAACUUGUGCCACGUUUAGAAGCAAGAAGAUCGAUGAUGACACAUUCGCUUUGAGUUCAAGUAAAGGUCCAUGUACCUUUGAGCAGAACAUCUUCGAAUGCGGACCUCUUGUCACCAGUCCAAGCACCUUCAGCAUUGAAAGCGGCAAGCUUUCCUACCAAGGCAAUACUACUUUCUUCGCGGACAAGGCACCGAAAGGUGCUACCAAGAGCAAGAUCUUUGCAGCCCAAGAUGAGCAUCAGAUUGAAUUAGAGAUCAAGUUGGUUGGGUUUUAGACUGACAAGCUGGACGGCGGGUUAUAGAGAAGACGCAUAGAUUGAGCCAUAAAGUCAGGUUGUGUAUUCUACAGCCACUGCUUAGACGAUUCUGGGAGUUCAAUUACCUCGGGACUACGCAAUUGAAUGAUAUUAUUAAGACAUACACACACAUAUAUAUAUAAAGAUGCGGUUAGUCGGCAAGGAUUGGAUUGCUAGGGAGCUAGAGUACAAGUUAUGGAAACACCACUAAGGGAUUAAGUGUCUAGGAGCGAGAGAAAAGAAGAAGAAAAAAAAUGGGAGAGAGGUGGAAGAGGAAAAGGAGGCAAAGUAUGGCUAUCAAAUAGAUUCAUUGAAUAUGGAGACAAUGAUCUUCGAAGCGCGACAUGGAAGGGCAUGAGGUCAUUACAGACAAAGGAGAGGCAAAAAUGAGAUAAAAAAUCAAAUCAAAUGAGCAGAUGAGAACAAUUAAGAUAUCCGUCCAACUCCUCGUAUGA